CAGGCUGCCAGCCGCGAGGACCGCCGGCAGCGGGAGCAGGAGCCGCGAGCCCAGCGCCCAGCGGAGUAGAUGUCCAUGAGGAGCCCCAUCUCUGCCCAGCUGGCCCUGGAUGGCGUUGGCACCAUGGUGAACUGCACCAUCAAGUCAGAGGAGAGAAAGGAGCCUAGCCACGAAGUCCCCCAGGGUUUGGCCCCUGAGGAGGAGCCCCAGCCUGCAGACCCAGCCCGGCCCCCACAGCCACAGGACUCUGUUGACCCCCAACCUCCAGCCCAGGACAGUGGUUCCCCAGAGAGCAAUGGGUCCCCAGAGCCCAAGAGACCAGCAGCCUCGGAGGUUGCAUCUGGAAGUCAGGAGAAGCUGGACUUCAGCCAGAACUUGAAAGAAGUGGUACCAGCCAUCGAGAAGCUGCUGUCCGGUGACUGGAAGGAGAGGUUUCUGGGAAGGAGCCCUAUGGAAGCCAAAGAUGUUAAAGGGACCCAGGAGAGCCUGGCGGAGAAGGAGCUGCAGCUCCUGGUCAUGAUCCAUCAGCUGUCCACCCUGCGCGACCAGCUGCUGACCGCCCACUCGGAGCAGAAGAACAUGGCGGCCAUGCUGUUUGAGAAGCAGCAGCAGCAGAUGGAGCUGGCCCGGCAGCAGCAGGAGCAGAUUGCCAAGCAGCAGCAGCAGCUGGUCCAACAGCAGCACAAGAUUAACCUCCUCCAGCAGCAAAUCCAGCAGGUCAACAUGCCUUAUGUCAUGAUCCCAGCGUUUCCCCCAAGCCACCAGCCUCUGCCUGUCGCUCCCGACUCCCAACUGGCCUUGCCCAUCCAGCCCAUCCCCUGCAAACCAGUGGAGUACCCCCUGCAGCUGCUGCACAGCCCGCCUGCCCCGACCAUGAAGAGACCCUCGGCCGUGGCCGCCCACCUCCCCAUGCAGGAGCCCUCCCAGCCUCUGAACCUCACAGCCAAACCCAAGGUCCCUGAGCUGCCUGGCACCUCCAGCUCCCCCAGCCUGAAGCUGAGCAGCUGUGGACCUCGUCCGCCCAGCCACGGGGCCCCCACGCGGGACCUGCAGGCCAGUCCCCCCAGCCUGCCUCUCGGCUUUCUUGGAGACGGGGAUGCAGUGACCAAAGCCAUCCAGGAUGCCCGACAGCUGCUGCAUGGCCACCCCGGGGCCUUGGAAAGUGCCCCUGGAGCUCCCUUCCGUAAGGACCUCAUCAGCCUGGACUCAUCCCCAGCCAAGGAGAGGCUGGAGGAGAGCUGUGGGCACCCCUUGGAGGAAGCCAUGUUGAGCUGUGACUUGGACGGCUCCCGCCCCUUCCCGGAGUCCCGCAACAGCAGCCACAUCAAGAGGCCCAUGAAUGCCUUCAUGGUGUGGGCCAAAGACGAGCGCCGGAAGAUCCUCCAAGCCUUCCCAGACAUGCACAACUCCAGUAUCAGCAAGAUCCUUGGCUCCCGCUGGAAGUCCAUGACCAACCAGGAGAAGCAGCCCUACUACGAGGAGCAGGCACGGCUGAGCCGGCAGCACCUGGAAAAGUACCCCGACUACAAGUACAAGCCGCGGCCCAAGCGCACCUGCAUCGUGGAGGGCAAGCGGCUGCGUGUGGGCGAGUACAAGGCCCUGAUGCGUACGAGGCGCCAGGAUGCCCGGCAGAGCUACGUGAUCCCGCCACAGGCCGGCCAGGUGCCGGUGAGCUCCUCUGAAGCCCUGUACCCACGGGCGGCUGGCAUGCCCCUGGCGCAGUCACUGGUAGAGCACUACAUCCCCCCGAACCUGGAUCCCAACAUGCCCGUCAUCGUGAACACGUGCAGCCUCCGUGAGGAGGGGGAGGCGGCCGAUGACCGGCACUCGCUGGCCGAGGGCGAGGCAUUCCGGUACAGCGAGGACGACUCCGAGGGGGAGGCGAAGAGCGAUGGGGAGCUGGUGGUGCUCACAGACUGACCUCCUCCCAAGCCACACAGCUGGCCGACCCAGGCCACGCUGCUGCCUGGGUGGAGCUGUGCUUGUAGAUAAGUUCACGAGGGAGACCCUUCCCCACCAUGCCUCCCCUCCCCCCGCAGGGAGACGUGUUGGCCCAGGUGGGCAGGGCCUGCCAUGUGGGCCAGGGCCCAAGGGGCUGAGCCUCUGACCCCUGGGGGCUCAUGGCCAGGACAAGCCGGAGGGUCUGCCCACCUACGGCUCUGACAACCGCCCAGCCCCCUGGGUCACUGCUUUGCUUCCUCUCUCGUCCAGGAUGCCCCUGGCUGGUGGGCUGUCUGCCAAGGCUGCUCUAUGUGUGUGUGUGUGUGUUCUGUCCGUUCAUUGCACAAGAUAUUUAUUGUGUGUGUGCUGUGGGACAGGCGCCUUGCUGGCUUCUGGGUGGAGUGCCUGGGGCCUGUCUCUGAGCUCCUCUUUGUCCCAAUGCCUACCUCCUUGUGGUCUGGGAUCUCAGGUUCCGUGGUCCUGUCUCCCUUGUCCCUGCGUGGCUCUCUCCUACCCCUCCCUCCCGGGUUCUCAGCCCCCUCGGCCUUCCCUUCACCCCUCGUGGCUCUGCCAGCCAGUUCCCAAGGAGCCAUUUUUAGCCCAACCUGAGUCCCAAGAGUGGGACUGGGAGGAUUCCUGGUGACCCCCAACCCCCACCCCACUUUCUGGGAGUGGCAAGGGGCUGCAGGGCAGCUGGUCUCCACUGCUCCCCCUGGGCACGGGGUGGGGGUCCACAUCCACCGAAAGGGGUGAGUUUUGUCCUCUCCGAGACUGGGCUCAUG